AUGAAAUCGAUUAUUAUCUUAACCACUUCACUUCUUGUAAACGUAAUUGCUUAUCAUGAUCCUGAUCUUAAUUACCACCUAAGUCAGUUAGAAAAAGUGCAAGGAUAUGGUGAUUCAGGCUACUCGUAUCCUGUACCUUCUACACAGCUUACAACGGCGGUUAUCACUUCUAACCACUACAGAGAAGGAGACUACCCACAACAACUAGCAACACAAGCUAUGGCAUAUAAGGCGCCUAUUUCAUCUCAACUGAAUUACGCUGUACAAUCUACUGAUCAAAAUGAAGUACAUGGUUACAAGACAUCAGCUGGAUUAUCGUCAGCAUCUUCAUCUGAAAGAACUAUAACCCCAUCAGCAACAUACGCACAAGCACCAAUUAUAUCUAAAGUAACUGCAGCUCCUUUAAUAGCUAGAUUUUCACUGUCACCGGCUAAAACUACAUAUGUGACUAACAAUUUAGCAACCCAACAGUCUAUAGCCACAGGAUCCCCAGCUAAAGCAUCACUUAAUUCGUACAGUAUUCAAUCAGGGGGACCGGUAGUAUCCCAAGUUUAUGCUGCACCUUCUGUUCGAUAUGAAACGUCGCCGGCGCUAAGAAUUCAACAAACUUCUCAAGUUACCCCUUCAAGCUAUACUAAUGUAUUACCAACAGUAAUACGUCAAUAUCAGCAAGCACCGAGUGUUCAAGUGACUUCAGGGUACAGAGCGCCAUCAAUCUCUCAAUAUGCGAUUCCCUCUGUAUCACAAGUAUCUUCUUACAGUGCUCCAACUGUUGCUCAAUAUCACGCCCAAUCUAGUGAUCAACGCGGUACUCAAUUCAACAUACCGGCUGUUGGUCAAUACUCAUCGAAAAUAGUCCAAUAUGCUCCCGCAACUCAAUAUUAUACUCCUACAGUUUCACAAUAUUCAGCUCCUGCUGUUACUACUCAGCAUUCUGCCCCAUCAACCUUACAGUAUUUGCGGCCUGCAGCUAGAGUCUACCAAUCAGUCCCAACGACAGUACAGUAUCCAACACUUCAGCAUUCUGCUUCAUCAAUAUCACAGUACGCCCCUGCCGUUACAGUCCAACAUUCUGCACCAGCAGUAAGACAGUACUUUGCCCCAGCCAUAGCAGUGCAACAUUCAUCUCCAUCAGUUACUAAUGGAUAUCGUUCAACGAUCGUUGGUGCUAAUGUCGGGGUCAAGAACGUCCACACCGAGUUUGUGGAAAAUUACGACACUCAUCCACGGUAUGCUUUCGAAUAUGGGGUAAACGAUGCGCAUACUGGUGAUAUUAAGCAGCAGAAAGAAGAGCGAGAUGGAGAUGUUGUCAGAGGUCAAUAUUCGCUGGUGGAACCGGACGGCUCGGUGCGAACAGUAAACUACGUUGCAGAUUGGGAAACCGGUUUCCAUGCCAAUGUCCACAAUAGCAAAGAAAAUCAUUAA